AUGUCUGCCAUCUCCAUUCAAAAGGGGCCCAUCCAGCUAGCUGGCCUUCUAUUCACGCCCACCACCUCCAGCGAAAAGACCCCUGCUCUCAUUAUCGUUCACCCUGGUGGUGGAGUCAAGGAGCAAACAGCCCAAGUAUAUGCGAAAAAACUUGCUACGCAUGGGUUCACAGUAGUCUGCUACGAUGCUUCCUACCAAGGCGAAAGCGGCGGCGAACCCCGUUUCCUGGAGGACCCGAACGAACGUGUGGCCGAUGUCUACGCAGUGAUCGACUACCUCCAGAAAGACGAAAGCGUCGAUGCGGAAAGGAUUGGAGUGGUGGGAAUAUGUGCGGGUGGAGGGUACGCCGUCGCGGCGACCAAGGCCGAUCAUCGGCUGAAGGCGGUCGCCGCAAUUAGCAUGGUGAACAUCGGUGAUUCGGCCCGACUGGGCUGGUACGGUGAUGAGGACUCGGGAAAGAAUACCAAGUUGUUGGAGCAAGCUGCUGCGCAGAUCACGGCAGAGGCACGGGGAGCGGAGCGUGCGACGGGGCCGUAUGUCCCUCCUCAAUUAGACGACAAAACACCCUAUGAUCUGAAGGAGGCGCACGAUUAUUAUCUUGGACCAAGAGCCCAGCACCCCCGUGCAAAGAACACCAUGUUGUUCUUGAGUUUCCCUAGGGUGAUUACAUUCGACGCUUUCCAUCUCGCCGAGUCAUUCCUCACACAGCCUGCUUUGCUCAUUGCUGGUGAGAAAGCCGGAUCCCUAUGGCAUACGGAGAAGCUCCACAAGAUACUCGACGGAAAGUCAAAGAAGGUCAUUCUCUCAAACGCUACGCAUAUGGAUCUUUAUGACAAGGAGGAGUUUGUUGAACCUGCGGUGAAAAAUGUGGCUGAGUUCAUGCAAGCGAACUUGUAA